UCUCUCUUCACUUUUGUUUCUUGCUUCUCUCUCUUUCCCUCCAAUCUUCAAAAACCUCCAAAACUCCCUCCCUUUUUCAUCCAUUUUCUCCGAUGUUGAACGCCGUCGAAGAUCUCCUCCUCCGUCACGGACACUCCGAUUUCCGAUCACAUCUCCUUCCUUCUCACUCUCACCAUCGCGGCGACAUGUCCUUGUCUUCGUCUUCUGCUUCUUCUUCUCUUGCUCGACCUAUUCCUCAGUGUUUCCGUCAGUAUCAUCGAUCUUCUCCGCCGUCGGAUCAAUCCAACGCUUGUGACGGUCGUCUUGCUCUCGACGCACAUUCUACAGUUGCUAUGCUCGACUUGAAACGGACAUAUGAUAUUAAUGACUCUGAGGCUUUGGCUAGCAAACGAGCUGUAGCCUCUGAACAGAGGAUGCGAUCUAAUGAUUCUUCUUGUGAACCAGUAUCUAAUGCAACUGAAAAGCAAAACAAAAAAUUGAAGUUGCAGAAAAAUUCAAAGUCCAGGACUAAAAAAUCUACAGAUGAGAAUCUUGAUGGUCCUAAUUUAUCUACAAACGGUCGGUACGACAGCUCUUUAGGCUUCUUGACGAAAAAAUUUAUCAGGUUAGUUCAGGAGGCUGAAGAUGGAACACUUGAUCUAAAUAAAACGGCGGACAUAUUAAAGGUUCAAAAGAGGAGGAUUUAUGACAUUACAAAUGUUCUUGAAGGGAUAGGGCUUAUAGAAAAAACCACCACGAAUCACAUACGUUGGAAGGGAGGCGUGAGGCAUGAGGCUCAAGAGCUCAACGAUCAAGUUGGUAGAUUUAAGGCUGAAGUUAAGAGUUUAUAUGCAGAUGAACGCAGACUUGAUGAACUUAUAAGGAUGAAGCAAGAACUUCUGAGAAAUCUCGAGGAAAAUGAAAAUCACAGAAAGAAUCUUUUUAUGACAGAAGAAGAUAUCUUGCAGAUUCCUUGCUUCAAGAAUCAGACACUUAUAGCAGUUAAAGCCCCCCAAGCUAGCUAUAUUGAAGUGCCCGAUCCGGAUGAGGAGGCUUGUUUUUCUGAGAGGCAGUGUAGACUGAUCAUCAAAAGCACCACUGGACCGAUUGAUUUGUACCUAUUGAGGACUGAAAAACAAGAGCUGGAAGAAAGCACUUUCCACCAAGAGAAAGUGUGCUCUGAACGACAGAAGAAUCAUAAGAUAUCUACCAACGAUACUUAUUGUUCUUCUUCUUUCCAAGAGUUUCAGGGAAUGCAGAGAAUUUUACCUUUAUAUAAUAAUAUGGACGAUGAUUAUUGGUUUGAAUCAAAUUCUCAAGUGAGCAUAACGCAUUUAUGGGGUGAAGAACACAACUUUUAAAAUGUUCUUGAAGACCAACAAUUCAAUGGCCUCUGGUUUUUUAAUGGAGCACGACACAAUUUUUUCCAUUUCUUACAGAAAAUUACGUCCGAAGGAAUUCCUCAGAUAAUAAAGAGAGUAAUAACGAAAGUGUGAAUCAACAACUCUCAACUGAAAGGAUAUGAAGUGUUUAUGUGUAUUCUCUACAGCGUUUUUGUCGGGAAGAGGUAUGCCGAGAAUCCCUCUACUUUCAGCUCUUUAUUUCCUUGCUCUUUCUAAAUGAUUAGGACUAUUGAUUGUGCUAUAUAUCUCCUCAUUCAUUCAUAUUGUAAUUCAUGAAUUUGUUGUUUAGACUUAGAAAUCAAUGUGUCAUAUACUAAGAAAAGGUUUUGUUUUGCUU